AUGGGUAUAGAGAUAAAGGCCUUAGAGCGGAAAGUUUGGAAUGAGACAACGGCCAACAGUCGUAAGCGCGCACCCACAAUUUAUGCGAUAUUGAAGGAUUGGAGUAGCGGCAACCCGCCUUCAAAUGCGCAAGUCAAAUCAUUCAAUGCCUCCCACGUCGGUGUUUACAAGGCUCACCAAGCGACUCUCAACCGCAUCUUCAAUGGUAGUAUAAAGAAGUACCAUGCACUGAUGGCACGGCUUUACAAGGCAGUCAGUGCAAUCGAGAACUCGGCGUCCACUGCCUCAUCAAGCACUUGCGACUAUCAGGUGCAUCUUGCUUGCACCAUUCUUCAUUGUUGGGCACUCUGA